AUGGAGGAGGUCCAGAAGGCCAUCAAGCAAACCAGCUCAGGAAAAGCCCCCGGCAAGGAUGGGAUCCCUGCAGAAAUCUAUAAGGCUGCAGGACCAGCAACCCUUAACGCCUUCCACAGCCUCCUCUACAGCAUAUGGGAGGAAGAGGACAUUCCCCAGGAGUUCAGAGACGCCACAAUCAUCUCCCUUUACAAAAAGAAGGGCAGCAAAUCUGACUGUGGCAACUACCGGGGCUAUCACUCCUGUCUAUUGCUGCUCAGGGUCUACAAGACAGUUGUCCUCACCAGUCUCCUCUAUGGUUGUGAGACCUGGACCCUAUACAGAAGACACAUCAAACUGCUGGAGCGCUUCCACAUGCGGAGCUUGCGCUCAAUCCUGGGCAUCAAAUGGCAGGACAUGAUCACAAACCUUGAGGUCUUGGACCGUGCAGAAACCACCAGCAUUGAGGCUAUGAUUCUCAAAGCCCAGCUCAGAUGGACGGGGCAUAUCAUCCGAAUGGACAGUGACAGAAUCCCAAAGCAACUCCUCUACGGAGUGCUCAGUAAGGGAAAGAGAAAGCAAGGCAGGCCACUGAAGCGCUUUAAAGACUGCAUCAAGGCCAACAUCGCCUACACUGGCAUCGCAACAAAGCAGCUUGAGGAGUGUGCACAGGAUCACACUGGAUGGCGUGCAUUGACGCGCGAAGCAACAAAAGCCUUCGAAGCACACCGGCGAGCCAAUGUCACUGAGGCUCGCGCUAAAAGGAAGGCAGCAGGAGAGACACCCAAACCUCCAGGCCAGUUUCCCUGCUCUCACUGUGGACGUGUUUGA